GUUUAGUCAAUUCAUCAGUUGAUCCUCGCUCGAUCUCUCGAUGCAGUGGAGUUGAUCGGUCAUGGAGGCAGUAGCAGUCGGGGAGGUACCGAAAGCCUCCCUCUCCGCUUGGCGAAAGGAUCCUACCCGAUACAUUACAGGACUCAUUUACCUGUUGAUCGUUGUCGUGCUUUGGACAGUCAGCAAUUUCAUCACUGCUGCUUUGGAAGCUGGAUCCGAUACAUAUAACAAGCCUUUCCUUAUCACUUACCUCAACACCUCGACUUUCACCCUUUAUCUCUUACCGAGUCUGCUCAAACAUCGCAAAGCAUCCUCUCGUGGACACUACGAAGCGAUCUCCCACGCGGACAUUGAUCCUCAUGCUUGUUCUCAAUCAGUCGAAUCGCAAUCACUGGCAAAGCUGACAGUACGUGAGACGGCCAUUGUCUCCGCUUGGUGGUCUAUCGGAUGGUUCUUAGCCAAUUUCAUGAUCACCUUGUCUCUCGCCAUGACAAGUGUGUCGAGUGCAGUCAUCCUCAGUGCUACAAGUGGAUUUUUCACUCUCGCACUGGGCAGCGUAUUUGGUGUAGAGAAACCGACCCGAACCAACAUCUCGUCCGUCCUUUUGAGUUUUCUCGGUGUCGUCCUUGUCGCUCGAUCCGAUUCAUCUCAGACCGAGGAAAUCUCGGUCCCUCUUCCCUCACAUCCCAUCUGGGGAGAUCUUGCAGCCAUCAUCAGUGCACUGUGCUAUGGCGGCUACGUUGUUCUGCUCAAAGUCAAGCUGGUGGACGAGGACAGGGCGGAUUCGAUGCUGAUGUUGGGCUUUGCCGGUCUCUAUCAGACGGUGGCUUUGAUUCCUGUGUUCCCCAUUCUUCACUGGACGGGAUUGGAGAGGUUUCAACUCCCGCCGACCAGACGGGCUUGGCUAUUAUGUCUUGCAAAUAUGAGCAUCACAUUUGCGAGUGACUACUUGUAUAUCUUAGCCUUGCUGAAAACCAGUCCAAUGCUCGUCACACUGGGUCUAUCCAUGACCAUCCCGCUGACUCUCGCCAUCUCCAUUGUCGAUCCUGCUCUCUCAGUCGGCACAGUCACUUUUCUCAGUCUGAUAGGCGCGAGCAUGGUCUUGGGAGCAUUCGUCUUACUCAGUUGGGAGGGUACGAAGGAGGACGAGCAGGCGUCGCCACCAAUAGACACAGGUAGAGAAGGGGGUUUGUGAUCCCAGUCAUCAUGUUGUAUCAUGUAUAUUGGUCAAAGUCCGCGAUCGCGGGCAGUCACACGAUGAUCCUCCCAGCGUGGCUUGUGAGAUAUAGGAGGUCCCCCAUUGAAAGAGACGAUGGAGAGAUGGAAGCCUGUGAUAACCGCAGGCCAUCUCUAUCCCUGCUCUGCAGCAUCAUCGCACCCAUCUUCUCCGAUUCCCCGCUGAAAUUGACUGAUAUCGAGCGUCGUAGCUACAUGUCGAUCAUCUAAUCGAUCAAGCUGAACCACGUAUCCUCCUCGUAUCUGGGACCGACGGAGUUCCUCACUCCACCGGCACGACAGCACAUGAUGAUCAGAGACCUGUGAGCCCAGCUUCACUGCAAUUCUCGGCUGAUCUCGAGCUAUACAUGCCACCAAGCCAAAGAUCUCAGGCCGAAAGCGCCAUACAGAUCAAUCAGAUCUACCCAUUCCUCGGCGAGUAUCUUAU